AUGGAGUCAACGAGCAACAAGGCCGACGGGUCGGGGAGGAGAGUGUCGACGAGGAGCUCGGUGAGGGUGUCGGUCAAUGACUUGGGCGAGGAGCACGAUUUGGUUUCGGCGGGCAUCAUUGCAGAUGGUUUCCGACCAGCAAACAUACAUGACAGAUCCGAGGGUUCUACAGCGUCCCUGGCGUCAGACUCGACCCUCAUGGCCGAUGAAAGUUCGGGUUCGUCGUCGAGGUCCGGCCGCCCUUCCAGCACUUCAAAAGCCCACAACUCGCAAGACUCAUUGUCGUCACGCACCGAGUCUGCAGGGUUGACUCGACAAACCACAAACUCCACCGAAUCGACCGCAGUAUUUACUAGCGAAAGCCCAUAUCAAGGACCUUCGGGGCCAUCGCACCCAUAUCAAAUGUACCCACAAAAUGUGCGACUAGCGAGGACCCUGAGCACUACGACAGCGUCUACGCUGCCAUUGUCGGAAUCAUCUUAUUCGGGACCACGAGGUCCGAGUCAUCCUUACGCCCUGUAUCCUCAAAAUGGGGGGAUUGAGGCAAAUGCCCUCCAGGCCGCGGCUAUUCCGCUUGGAUUUCAUGGGCUGCCAGAUCAAUACCGACGGCGGAUGGGUCCCGACGGUGAUGAUGUGGACGACAUGAUUGGGCCCGAUGGCCAUACCGAGCAGUUGCCACCGUAUAGCCGCUAUCCUGAUGAGGCAUGCAUCCAGAAGGCAAGGGACGCCGACGGCGUCGCCGGAGUCGUCCAAGGAGCCACGGUAGUACCUCUCACGGUCACUGUGCCUCCAUCCACACUUCAAGCCAUCCCCGGAGCGGGAGGCAUUGGGCUGGCUACCCGCAAUCCCGAAUUCGAGUCUACAGAAGAUCUUGGGUCGCCCCGCUCUCGGCAUUCAGCUCCAAGCUUCACCUCGUAUGAUAGCCAACGGCGGCUCAGCCUAAACAACGAAAUGUCGGAAAAGAGGAAACCGCCAAAAAGAUGGCAGCUCUGGAUGAGGCGGAAGCUUUGCGGCGUAAUUCCAUACUGGGCAAUAUGUCUCAUUGCUGUCGUCUUGGUGCUUAUGGGAACGAUAUUAGGUUCUGUAGUGGGCACCUUCGUGGCCAAGCAAAGGAAAGGGCGCGGAGGAGGGCCAUGGGAACCAACAUUUGAUGCCGAACCCAUCCCGGUCCCCUCAGACCUUCCACCCUUACCGUUGGGUACUUACGGCAUGCCACUCCUGAACGACGAGCAGUCUCCAACUUGUUUCCAGGACCCCAGCUUGUCAGCAGCCUGGAACUGCCGUAUAGUUAUCUCGGGCCUAUACUUGACCGUCAGCAAAGCCAACGAUGAAUACAGCGUUUCGCUGAACUGCAACCACUCUUUCACUCUUCUGGAGCAUGUUUACUCUUAUGGAACUCAGCCGCCGCUAAUCCAGCAGCCGGUAGCACUGGGCUUGGUCAGCGAUAAGCACGAGCCCAACCGCGGGCCCGCCUGGUACAAAAUGCUGUCCUAUAACAAAACCGUCAUUCUUCCGGAAAGCUUUCUCAGCUCGGCAACCAAUUCCCGGCAAAAGAUUAGACAGGUUAACAUCGAUGCCGGAAUGGCAAGUUUCAAGAGGAAAGGAGUCGCGCAAUACGGCGACAAGCCAUGGGUGUGCAAUUGGCCGGACACUUAUCUC